UUAACUCAUGUCAUUCUUUUCUAAAUAUGAUAUAUCCACACAUUUACCUUUGAUACCAGAGUGACUUAUAUUUGAUAAAAAUUGGGUAUCAUUUCCUCUGUAAAUUUGUUUCUGAUUUAAGUGAGGCCUGUAGGCUUUGUCCUCUGUAUCUUCUGUAUUGGUCAUGUUCAUUGGUGAUCAGUUAAUAAUUUUAGACUGUUUUCGUUGGGUAGCUGGUAAGGAUGUUAGUGAUCUUUUAACAGUCAAAGCCUAACUUAACGAAUCUAAUACUCAGUUUUCUUCCCUUUAAUGUGAUUUCUUAGCAUAGUGAGCAGUGACCUAAGAGUAGUUGUUUCCCUCUGGUCUCUCUUGUCUUUUUUCUCCAAAUGCUGAAGGUGGCCUGGAUUGACUUGGAAGCUUUGUCCAACAGAGUCCAGCUAUGUCUAAUGAAAAGAUUUGCUCAAAAAAACCAACAAAAACAAAAACAAAUAAAAGAACAAAAAAGAAACCCAACCAACAAAAAAGCGGAACUUGACGUUUGUUCAGAGCUUACGUCUGCAAGUGACUCUUUAAACAUUUUGCACAUCUAUAGCUAUGUUUUUACAAUUUUGUGUUUUUAAAAUAUAUCUAGAAUGAGUUUCUAGAAAUGGAGUGAAGUGUUGGUAGCAGUGUGAGAACCUGGAUGUGUAUGUCUACCUGUGGCUGUUAAUUUGGUCAUCCGCAAAUGGUGGAUGUUCGUCUUAAACACCAAAACGAUCCCCCCAUACACACAUGCCUUUUAUGCACUGUAGUCUUCUGUCUUUAAAAGCAAACAUUCCCGAUUAACUACUCCCCCUCCAUUCAGAGCCCCUUUUGUCGUAUGCUUCAUUUCAGAGCACAGUGCACUAGCUUGCCUACAGCCCUCUUCAAAUCUUGCCGACAGUUGUUGCUUGAUCCCCGUCAGACGAGCUUUCACACCUGCUGUGCAGAUACUUUUUCCAGUCACUGGUGUCCCCUUUUCCGAGUCCAUCCUCUGGUUUCCUCUUCUCAUCCACCUUGUCCUGGCAGCAGCAGGUUCCACAGCUGAUGGCAGCUGCUUCCUUGAAAGACUGAUUUUCUUGUCUCUGAGGACAUGCCCUUCUUAAUGUUUAAAAAUCUGUUGACUUUAAUUUUCUUCAACCCCCGUCCCCCAGAUCACUUCUCAGAUCCCCCUGACAGACUUUAGAGAACUCUCUGGUCUGUGAAUGUGCAGUAUCCCAAGGUGGAAUCCUUGAACAUCUCUGUCUUUACCCCCUACCUUGUCUCUUGCUCUCACCUGAUGACUUCCACACCACCUUCAUUUCUCCCAAAUCCCCUGCUAAACCCACAUCUCUCCCUUGAAAUCCAGAAUGCUGUUUCUCACUGUGUCUGCCACACUCUGCUAGGAUGUCAAACAGAAUACUGUACCUUAUUUUGCCCAAAACUGCCAUCAUAAACUCCCCUAAAUGUGUUCCCCCCGCUGUCCUCAGGCAACCCUGAACCGCCUGGGGCUCAGAGGAGGAUCUCAGCAGGUAUAUAAAACAGGAUGCUGCAUUAUUUGUAAGUGUUUUCUGUGUAAGAUACAGAAAAAAUUGUAUGUUAACCUAAAAAUGGAAAUGCAUGAUUUGUAAAAUUUUUUGGAGAUGUUGGGGGAAAGGUUGGGGGACACGUCCCUCCUGGCCUGCUUUUGUCUGGAUCCCCUCCUGUGUGUGUCCUCUCCCGGCUCCAGCCACACAGGCCUUUCCUGGGGCCAAGGUGGCUGCUGCCUCAGGGCCCUCGCGGGGCUGUCCCUCCGCCUAGAGCCGCCUAGCCCCUCAGAGCCGGUGGGCAUGUCCUUCCUACCCCGGCCUUAGUUCUGAUGCCACUUCCUCACAGACCCUUCUCUGUCCCCCUCCCAUUUCCCAUGCCAGCCACAGCCUCUGCCCACCUGCGUCAUUGUGCCCGCUCUGCUCAUUUCUGUCUGCUGCUCGCCCUUCCACUGUCGAUCCUCCUGACAAGGCCCAAGGAAAGCAAAUGGGAGGGGCACGUUUGCUGGGAUGCUCUGAACGAAAAGCUGAGUAACCAGUGUUGGAGAGCGUGUGCAGAAAAGGGGACCCUUGUGCACUGUGUGUGGGAAUGGAAAUUGGUGCAGCCAUUACAUAAAACGGCAUGUAAGUUCCUCAGACAAGUGAAAAGAGGAGUACCAUAGACCCAGCAGUCCCACUUUGGGGUGUCUGUCCAAAGGAAACAAGAUCAGUGUCUUGAAGAGACAGAUGUCUGCACUGCCGUGUGCAUGACUGCGUUAUCAGGCACAGCCACGAGAGGGAAACAAGGUAAAUGGGGACAGUUGAGCGGAUGAAGAAAAAGCAGUGAGUGUGUGAAUGCAUGAUGGAGUAUUAUUCAGCCGUGAAAGUGAAAGAAAUCCUGCCAUUUUCAACAACAUAGGUCGUCACCCUUUUCAACAACACAAGGGUCCCCUUUUCUGCACACGCUCUCCAACACUAGUUACUCAGCUUUUCGUUCAGAGCAUCCCAGCAAACGUGCCCCUCCCAUAGGGCUCAUGCUACAUGACAUAAGCCAGACAGGGAAGGACAAAUACUGUGUGAUUUGCUUCUUUGUGGGAUGUGGAGAGUCAGGAUAGAACCAGGGAGUAGAGUGUGGGUGCGAGAGGCUGGGAGCUGGGGACACGGGGACGUGUUGGUGGAGGGCACAGACUUGCAGUCGUCAAAUGGCUGAGUCCUGGGAUCUGAUACACGGCCUAGUGCGGGUAGGUAACAGUACCGUAUUAUUGUGUGUUUGAGGUUUGCUGAGAAAUCUUAAGUGUUCUCACCACACCGGCACAGAAGAUGGUAACGGGGAGUGAGGAGUGUGUCCGUUAGCGUGAUGUGCUGGUUCUGUCACAGUGCGUAGCUGUUGCAAAUUAAGACACGUCUACACUUUUGAUUUGCCAGGUUUACCUCGGUCAGGCUGGGCAGGGCAGGGCGAUGAGGUGGGGGAGCGCUGGGCCUGCCUCCUAACGGUGCCCGCCACGCUCCCAGUAGAUUUCUGGGGCCUGUUGGAAACACGGGUCCUGUGUCCCCUGACCAGAGCUGCUCCUUCAAGUACCUGAGGUGGGACCAGCCGUGGUACACGUCACCUGCGUGCAGCACUGAGCACCGGGGCGCUGAGCCGCCUCUGCUGGGGCCGGGGUCUGGAUUGGCUUCUAAGAAUGACUCCUGUUCCCUGCCGCCGCAGCACAGAAAAAGAGGAGGAGCGGGACGAAGGCACCCCGAAUGGCUGUUCCUCAGGACGGCUGACCUUCAGGGACGUGGUCAUCAGGUUCUCCCAGGAGGAGUGGGAAUGCCUGGACCCUGCUCAGCGGGCCUUGUACCGGGACGUGAUGCUGGAGAACUACAGGAACCUGGUGUCCCUGGUUCAACUGGCAGUUUUCCUGUGGGCACCGUACCUAAGUCUGCAGCUCACUUGGUACUCACGGAACCGUAGCUCGCCCACACCUCAGUGAUCUCCCGCACGCGCUUCCUCAUGUCUCUGCAAUGUGGUCAGGCUGAGGAUUUCCAGAUCUUGAUGUUCUACUUGCUUUUUACGUAAUAACUCGAUCUUCAGGUUAUUUCUCUCAUCACAGUUAACCAUAAGGAGCCAGGAGAAACCACGCUGCUACUGAAACCCUUGGCUUAAAAAGCUCCUCAGCUAAAUACGCUGUUUCAUUGGUUGUAAAAACUGUUUUCUGUAGAACUCUAGAACAUUAGCACGAGUCAGCCAAAUCUUUUCCACCAUCCAGCCAGGCUUGCCCUUUCCACGUUGUACAAUAAAGUUCUUCUCAUUUCCUUCUGAGACCUCGUCAGAAUGGACUUUACCGUAUUAGCGCCACCGUUUGAUACAGGAAUAGGUAAGUAUUCUCUAAGAAGAGGGGAGCUUUCUCUACACCCGUCUUUCCUCUCUGAGCCAUCACCAGAUUUACAUUUAACUUUUCCCUCACGGCAGUAUCAGCUUAGAGCAUGCACCUCAGAACUUCCAGCCUUUACCCAUGACCCCGUUCAAAGCAGUGUCCAUAUUUUCAGUGUUUGUCACAGCAGCACCCCUCUUCUCAGUACCAAUUCCCGCCUUAGUCAUCAGCCCAUUGUAACAAAAUAGUGAAAACUGGGUGGCUAAUGGUGUUCAUUACAUCAUUUCUUUCUCAGCGUUCUGGAGAUGGGAAGUCCAGACCGGGGCCACUGGGUCAGCUGGGGAUCCCCCUUCCUGGGUGCAGCUGCUGAGGACUCGUGUCUUCUCUUGGCAGAAAGAGAGAGUAUUUCUCUGUCCUCUUCCUGUAGUGGUACUACUCCCACCCAUGAGGACCCCAUCCUUACGCCUCAUGGCCUCCCAAGUGGCCCACCUCCAAGUACAUGGUUAGAUUUCAACGAGUGUAUUUUAGUGGGGUACAAAUAUACUUAGUUCAGGGCGUAUUCCAAUUCCAUUUUUAGUUUUUAAGGAACUGCCCCACUGUUUCCCAUUGCAGCUGCUGCCUUUUACUUUUCUACCAGUAGUAAAUAAGAAUUCCCAUUUUUGACCUUCCUGUCAACAUCUUUUUCUGCUUUUUGUUUUGAUUUUAGUGUAGCCAUUCUAAUGGGUGUGAAGUGAUGCUUCAUUGUGGGUUAGAUUUGCGUUUCUCUAGUGGCUAGAGAUUUUGGACAUCUUUUCCUAUGUUUAUUGGCCAUCUGCAUGUCAGCUCUAGAGAAAUGCCUGUUGGGUCCUUUGUGUGUGUUUUGAUUGGGAUGUUUGGGGGUUUGGUUUUGAUUGCGAUGUAGGAGUCUUUGGUAUUGUGAUUUAUAAUAAGAAAUAUAUAUUCGGUCUCCAUUGCUAUUUCUGGCACAAAACUCCUCAAUCCCUUGGAACUUUGCAGAUGGUAAGAGUAGUGGAAAUAUCUAUGCUUAACAUAUUUGGUCUCUUGUCCUCAGUUGCGAAAAUUGUUUCAGGUCAUAAAGCUGAAAUGGCUCUCUAAUCACUUAUAACAAGACCCUCUCAAACACGCCUGCUCGUUAAUGAGCUGAGUUUUUGGAAACAGCCUGAGGAUGGGGGGCUGGUUGCCCGGCGAGCCAACCUACAAUCAGAAGGAACUUCUGGUCUCACCCCUGACUUCCUAGAAGGAGAGAGAGGCUGGACAUUGAAUCUAAUGAAGAAUGAUCAAUUAUUUUAUCAGAUAUGCAUACAUUCCCCAAAAGACAGGCGUUUGGAGAGAUUGUGGAUUGAUGAAAACGUGAUGGUUUGGGGAGAGCUGGGUGCUGGGAAAGGUCACAGAUGCCCCACCCUCUUUGCCCCUCUCAGGACUUGCAUCUCUUAGGUGUGGCCAUUCUUGAGAUACAUCGUUUCCUAAGCAACUGGUAACAUAGUAAUUGAAAUAUUUCUCUGAAUUCUAAAAAUUCACUGAACCUAAGGAGGGAGGUUCAUUGGAAUGUCUAAUGAAUAGGUAUUUGGUCAGAAAUCCAGGAGUGACAACUCAGGUGUGACUGGCAUUUGGAGGAGGCCUCGGGCAGAGUCAGUCUUUCACAACUAAGCCCUUCACCUGCAGCAUCUGACACUGUCUGCAGGUAGAGUCAGAAUUCAGUUUAAUGGUCAGAAUGUAGUUGAAUUGUGGGAUACCCAGGUGGUGUCAGAGCAUUACCCAUGGUGAAGAGAGCGUUUAGAGCUCUUUAUGUAUUCUCAACAGUAACCUAUAGAGGAUUUACAAAUGUUUCUCUCAUCCCACAGAUUUGCUGUUCACUGAAUUGAUUGUGCCCUCUGAUGUUGAAUAAUUUCUCAUUUUGUUGUAGUUUAAUUUUGGUUGAACUUCUUUUGGCUGUGCUUCGGGUGUUGUAUCUGACAAAUCAUUUUUGAGUCUAAUAUCAUGAAGUUUUCCCAUUUUCUUCCAGAAAAUUUAUGUUUGUGUGUCUUACAUGUAGGUACUUGACCCAUUGGAGUUGAUGUCUGUAUAUAGUGUGAGGCAGCAGUCUGACUUCUUGUGCCUGUGGAUACACUGUCUCAACUUGCUUUUUAGGCUAGACUGUUUUUCCCCCAUUCAGUGGCCUUCACAUCCUUGUGGGACGUCAUUUCACCACAUACAAGUGUUUAUUUCUGAUGAGUCUCUUCUGGACCACUGGUCUCUAUCUCUGGUCUUUAUGCUAGUAGCAGAUUGUUUUGAUUACUUUAGCUUUUUAAUAAGUUUGGAAAGAAGGAAGUAUGAGGCCUCGAACUUUGUUCUUUUCAAGCUUGUUUUUUCUGUACAGUGUUGCUUGAAAUUCCAUAUGAAUCUAGAUGGAUGUGUGUAUUUCUUCAAAAGAUGCUAUAGGGAUUUUGUAGUAAUUGCACUGAGUCUGUCAUUUGCUUUAGGUAAUAUAAUAUCUUCGCUAUAUUAAGUCUUCUGUCCUUCAAAUAUCUUUAUUUGUGUCUUCUCUAUUUGCUUACAGUCGUUUCUCGUUCAUAGUGUACAACUCUUCCCUUCCUAGGCCAACAAUUAUGUGAAAGUUAUAUGCAGAUUUGGGAGUUUGGUUUUUUGUCAUAGCUUCAGGGUUUUCUAUGUACUGUCAUGUCAGCUGUGAACAGACUUAAUUUGCUUCUCAUCUUUCUACUUGGAUACCUUUUGUUUAUUUUUCUUGAUUAUUCUGACUAAGACUUCUAGUACUGUGUUUUCUAGAAAUAGAGCAGGCAUCCUUGUCUUGUUCAUGAUCUUAGAGAAAAGUUUUCAGUCUGUCAUUGUUUAGUAUGAUGUUAGCUGUGAACUCUUUAUUUUCUUUUAUCAUGUUGAGGUAUUUUUUUUCUGUUCUUAGUUGAUUGAGUGUUUUUAUUGUGAAUAAAUAGCUGUUGACUUUUUCAUGAAUUGAAGUGAUCAUGUGGGUUUUCUUGCUCAUUCUAUUCAUAUGGAGUAUUAUGUGGGAUGAUUUUCAUAUGCUGAACCAUCUUUGCCUGUCAGGAAUAUAUGCCUUCUGUUCAUGGUAUAUAAUCCUUUUUAUGUGCAAUUGAAUAGGCUUUACAGUUGCUCUGUUGUUGAUUUUUGCAUCAUUAUUCAUUAGAUAUAUGAUGUGUAAUUUUCUUGCAGUGCUUUUGUCUGACUUUGGUAGUAGAGAACUUCUGGCCUCGUAGAGUGAGUUUGCACAUGUUCCCUCGUCUUUACUGUUCUUGUGUGAGCUGGGGGAAGAUUGGUGGUCAGUGUUGGCCAGAAUUCUGCCGUGAAACUGUCUGGGUGUUCUUUCUUGAAUGUUUCUUUAUUAGUGAUUCAAUAUCCUUACAAGUUAUAGGUCUGUUUAGACUUUUUACAUUUUCAUGAUUCAGUCCAAAGAGGUUCUAUUUUUCCAGGAAGUUAUCCAUUUCUUCUAGGUUCUCCAUUUUUUAGGUAUAGAAUUAUUUAUUCAUAGUAUUCUUUUACAAUCCGUUUCAUUAUAAGAUUAUAAUCAGUUGAGUAUAAUUCAGUUGUAAAGCACCACUGUCCUCUCUGAUUUUAGUUAUUUGAGUCUUCUGUUUGCAUUUUCAUAUAGUCUUGCUAUGGGUUUCCCAAUUUUAUCAGUCUUUUCAAGGUACCAAUACUCUAUUUCCUGUUAAUUUUGAACUUUGAUUCCUUUUUUUGGUUCAUUGUUUUGCAGAUAGGCAUUUGAGUGCUGCAGCUUUUUAACUGGUUUCUAAGUAUACGCCCAAAGAAUAUUUUUUCUGUAUAUUGUUGUUAAUUUGGAGUCUCCAUGGAGUAAGGAGACCUGGCGUUUACUGGUCUGCUUUCUUGAUAACCAUGCCUCUUUUACUGCAGAGAUUGUGUUAAGAGAUUGAGGGAUAUGAGUUUAAGUAUUUAGAGAAGUAUUUUAGAAACACUGUCAGAAACAUCCUGUUACCUUUGUUUCCCUAAAUAAACUCUGCGCAUUAAGCCAAGAGAUGAUCAUUCAGAACUCAGCGUCUCCCAACUUGUUUUACUAGUGAUAAGAUUUUACUGUUUCUGCAUGUGUGUGUACAGAAUAAACUCAUCUGUCACUGCUCCAUGGGCAUUUCCUGUUUUUUCCUGUUGGCCCUGCUGAAAACAUUGCCCAUAUCUCCUGGGAUAGCUACACAUUUCUCUUGAAUACAUUCCUGGAAAUGGAACCCAUGGGAUAUUCAACUUGAUGAAUUUCAUAGCAGGUGUUGUAAUAGGCAUAACCUUUCUCCAUAUAACAUCACAUGCUUUGCCUCUUUAUCUCUAUUCCAUUUUUAUUCCAGACCCAUAAUAUUAUUUCCAACGUUAAAAAUGGCACACUCCUUAGUUCAUAAUGUGUGAUCAGAACCGAAAGUUUCUGUGACGACUGCCCUUGUA